AUUUCAACUUUUAGGGUUGAUAUUGUCGAUACAAAUAAUCGGAGAGAAAUAUUAAGAAAAGCUUUAGCAGAUGGGCGAAUUGCAUGUGAUAAGGAACACAUGCAAAAUAUCUUUACGAUCAAAGCAGAAAAUCAACACAGAAUAGUUGAGAGUUGGCAGAUAUCCUAUCCUGAAUUAUCACAAUUAAUUGAAGGUUGGAAGUAUGCCUGCAUUGAUGAUGGUCUUGAUCCGACACAUAAGGAGUUCAGGGUUUUUCCUGUCCAAAGAGGCAAGGAAAUGCUCUGCAUUUUUCUCGGUCUUUUUAAAACAAAUACUCCUGAUGUCUUGAAGGUUGUUCAUCUUCGUGCAAAAAUCACUUUUAGUAUUCGCAAUUGCGAUUUGUUCGGUAACGCUAGUUUCAUUGAAAGGGCCAUAAUGUUUAUUUUAAGUGAUGGCGCGUCAGAAGUAAUUAAUAUGACCUAUAAUUACAUCAAUGCAAAUAGAGAUAUUCGGAUGUUAGACACUGGUAAUAAUACCGAAAUUCUUGCUGGGAUCGUUUUAUCCGAAUAUUAUAGUGGGGUUUCAAUAAAUUGGUUGGAAUCAUAGAGAUGUGUAAUUAUGUUAAAAUAAAAAUCGUAUCGUUUACUGUUUAAAUGAAUCUACAACUUGCAUGAGAGAUUUUAUUGGUUAACAGUUGACGAUCAUAUCGAUAACUGAUUAAGCUGAUAAAAUGCAAGAGCAUACCUCCAAAAGGUUGAGAAAUUUCACGGUCCCUUAGAAGAUAUUUCAAGUGUUAAAACGGAAAUUCAUUGAUAGGGAGUAAAAAUUACUGAAGAGGGACCUCCUCAACAAUUACAUGAAUUGUUUGUCAAAAAUCCAGCUAACACCGGUCAGUGCCUAAUCUACAUUUUUGUCGUGCAGGAUAUGUGGU